UUUCGGUUUUUUUCCCCCCCAUGACAUGUGCUUUAAAUGCAGUGGAAAGGAAAUGUGUCAUCUGUGGUUUGGUUUUAUAAGUGGAAAACUAGCUGCACAUAUCCUUUUUAACUGCAGAUUUACUUUAAGGUUCAUUUCUACAAGUCUGUUCUGCUUUAAAUAAGAAGACAAGAAAAGAAGUGGUUUAUCAAAAUCACGUUAUAAUCAGAUUUUGACCAAGCAUUUUGUAAGUUUGUUUAUUUGGGCAUUGCAGUACAUCUGGCUGAAGACAAUCAACAGCAGGCCUAUUAUCUGUCCUGUGAUCAUCAGUAUGCCCACGGACAUGGAACACACAGGACAUUACCUACAUCUUGCCAUUCUGAUGACAACAGUUUUUUCUUUGUCUCCUGGAACAAAAGCAAACUAUACCCAUCUGUGGGCUAACAAUACUACUUCCUGGGAUUCAGUUACUCAAAACAAGACAGGCAGAAACCAAAAUGAAAACAUUAACACAAACCCUGUAACUCCUGAAGUAGAUUAUAAAGGUAAUUCUACAAACAUGGCUGAAACAUCUCACAUUGUAUCUUUUACUUCUAAAUCUGAACAGGAGCUUUAUUUACCUUCUGUUGUCAGCAACAGUCCUUCAACAGUACAGAGCAUUGAAAACACAAGCAAAAGUCAUGGUGAAAUUUUCAAAAAGGAUGUCUGUGUAGAAAACAACAACAACAUGGCUAUGCUAAUUUGCUUAAUUAUAAUUGCAGUGCUUUUUCUUAUCUGCACCCUUCUAUUUCUAUCAACUGUGGUUCUGGCAAACAAAGUCUCAACUCUCAGACGAUCAAAACAAGUAGGCAAGCGUCAGCCUAGAAGCAAUGGCGAUUUUCUGGCAAGCGGUCUAUGGCCUGCUGAAUCAGACACUUGGAAAAGAGCAAAACAGCUCACAGGAUCCAACCUAGUGAUGCAAUCUUCUGGAGUGCUUACAGAUACAAGGGAAAGAAAAGAUGAAGAAGGAACUGAAAAACUUACUGGCAAAUAGAUGAGUUAGUGAAGAAAACUGCAAAGUGGCAAUGAGAAGGAUUAUGGAAUAAAAAUGAAGUCAGUUGGUAUUUAAUGCCAAAGUGUUGUUCUGAUGAUCUAAAAUUUGACAUGGUAGACCUUGCAAUUUAGAAUCAAGCAGGUGAGAGAGGGAGAAGAAUGCCUUCUUAAUCACUUAAACCUUUUGUUUUGACACUGAAUAUUUUUAAAAAGCAAAUAAUAAAAUAACUAAGCAUUUAAGGAAAGUUUUAAGGAUAAAUUGAGAAAACUGAGAGCAAGGGAUAAUUAAAUAAAUAUUCCCUACAUAGCGAUCGUGAUAAGAUGAUCUUUGUCUGAACGUAAUUAAACUUUGAAGAGUUUUAGUGUGUCCUUAAAGCCAAGUACAUGCUUUAACAUCAAAUGAGAGUCAAAUUCCUAAUGCAUAGCGCUAAGCUGUAUAAUUUAAUGGUACCUUCUUUGCUGGAUGUGGCAGAAUCCAUACCAGCUUAUCAAUCAACACAGCUUAUUUUAGCCUAGGUGCUUUUUAUCUUUCCCUAUGGCACACAUAAGAAAGUGUUUUUCUACUAUUAAUAUUAAAUUAAACCUUUAAUUUUGCAUAAUAAAUUAAAAGUCAUUAGAAUAAACCUGUGACUAUGUA